AAAAGCCUGCGCAUUUCUCGUCCAUCGCAGAGGCUCAGAAGCUCAGCGCGGAGCAGACGGCUGCCUCGUGCUGGCCUCCUGUGCUGUCCUACCCUCGGGAUGUGAUAAAAACCUCUCCCCAGGCGGAGCCCCACUUGUUCCAGUACAACCCUCCAGGACACCCCAUCCCACUAAACUUGCAUGACAGUUCUCGGUCCGGGCUGCAAAGGCUGACGAGCAUCUCGAACCCUCCUCCCCUCAUCUCCUCCACCAAGCAUCCCUCUGUGCUGGAGAGACCCGUCGGGUCCAUUUCGCAGGGCAUGCCCAUCCAGCUCCAUACCCCGUACAGCUCCGAGCACGCCAAGGUUCCCGUUGGCUCCAUCACCAUGGGCCUGCCGCUGGCCAUGGACCCCAAGAAACUGGUGCCUUUUCCUGGAGUAAAGCAGGAACAACUUUCUCCUAGAAGCCAGGCCAACCAGCCGGAAAGUCUGGUUAUGCAGCCAGCCCAGGAGGGCUCCAUCCUGCGGGGUACCUCCCUCGGCCCUGCCUCGGGAGGGAGCAUCACCAAGGGAACCCCCACAUCCAGGCCCCCUCCGGAGUCUCCCAUCACAUACCGAGGGUCCAUCACGCAUGGCACCCCAGCAGAAGUGCUGUACAAAGGAACCAUUACCAGGAUAAUCGGAGAAGACAGCCCCAGCCGAGCAGAGAAAGUGAGAGAGGAUGCCAUGCCCAAGGGACAUGUCAUUUACGAAGGGAAGAAAGGCCAUGUGCUCUCCUACGACGGUGGUGUUGCUGCUUCUCAGUGUCCCAAAGAAGACAGCAGGAGCUCGGGAGCUUCGCACGAGCCCACGGGAACCAAGCGGACCUACGAUAUGAUGGAGGGGAGGAUCAGCAGGGGUUUAUCAGCCCGUGAUCCAUUAUCUGCCAGCAUUGAAGGUCUAAUGGGUCGGGCAAUCCCUCCAGACCGACACAGUCCUCAUAACCUGAAGGAACAGCAUCACAUCCGGGGCUCAAUAACACAAGGAAUACCUCGGUCCUAUGUGGAGGCCCAUGAGGACUACCUCAGAAGAGAAGCCAAACAGCUCAAGAGGGAAAACACUCCACCAAGGGACUUAUCUGAUGCCUACAAGGUCAGGUCUCACGAGGGCCUUACUCCCCUGAAAAUGAAACCAGCCCAUGAAGGCCUGGUUGCCACGGUGAAAGAAGCGGGAAGAUCGAUCCAUGAGAUCCCCAGGGAAGAGCUGAGGCGGACGCCGGACAUCUCUCUGACCAGGCCUCUGAAGGAAGGCUCUAUUACACAGGGUACCCCGCUGAAGUAUGACAGCAGCUCGUCCUCAACAAGCACCAAAAAGCACGACGUACGGUCCAUCAUCGGCAGUCCUGGGAGGACUUUUCACUCUGUGCACUCACUGGACAUCAUGCAAGACGCAAGGAAUCUGGAGAGAGCUUUCGAAGAGAGCCUGAAAAACAGGCCAAGCCCGGUGACAAACUCGGGAGGCUCCAUUGCCAGAGGGGCUCCCGUGAUUGUGCCUGAGCCAGGAAAGCCGCACCAAAGUGCCCUUGCCUACGAGGAGCACCAGGCAGGGCACAGCACGGCCUUCGGCAGUCACUUGCACAGAGGCUCUCCGGUCUCCACGAGGGAAUCCACGCCACGGCAGCACGAAGGGAGCAUCACUGCCGGGAAGCCGGUGUCCCAGGACAGGAAGAUCCCCCCGACGUCACGAGAGCUCAGCAACUCCAAGUCCCCGCACGCCCCGGUGCCCGAGCACCACCACCCCAUCUCCCCCUACGAGCACCUGCUGCGCGGCGUGAGCGGCGUCGACCUCUACCGCGGCCACAUCCCGCUGGCCUUCGACCCCGCCGCCAUCCCCAGGGGAAUCCAACUGGAAGCAGCUGCUGCUUACUACCUGCCGAGGCACCUGGCUCCGAGCCCCACGUACCCCCACCUCUACCCCCCGUACCUCAUCCGGGGGUACCCGGACACAGCCGCCAUGGAGAACCGGCAGACCAUCAUCAACGACUACAUCACGUCGCAGCAGAUGCACCACAACGCCGCCGCCACGGCCAUGGCGCAGCGCGCGGACAUGCUGCGCGGCCUCUCGCCCCGCGAACCCUCCCUGGCUCUCAACUAUGCAGCAGGCAUCAUUGACCUCUCCCAAGUGCCACACCUGCCUGUCCUCGUGCCCCCCACGCCUGGUACCUCGGCCACCACCAUGGACCGCAUCACCUACAUCCCUGCACCUCCCCAGACCUUCGGCAGCCGACACAGCAGCUCCCCGCUCUCCCCAGGAGGCCCCACACACAUGACCAAACAGUCGGGAUCAUCGGUGGCUGAGCGGGAGCGGGAUCGGGAGCGUGAACGUGAGAGGGAGCGCGAGAAGUCCAUCCUAGCGUCCACCACCGUGGAGCACGCGCCCAUCUGGAGACCAGGUACGGAGCAGUCCAGCAGCCGUUCGUCGUCGCACUCUCACAGCCACCAACACUCUCCCGUCUCCCCCCGCACCCACGAGACUAUCCAGCAGCGCCCCAGUGUCCUCCACAACACGAGCAUGAAGAUCAUCUCCUCGGAGAACCCCACGCCUUCCGUCCUGCGAUCCUCAUCCACCACUACGACGUCGCCGAUCCGCACUGCAGGCUUCCCCUCGGCCUCCACGCUGCGCUCCUCCAUCGGGGCGGUGGACGGCUACGCAGCCAUGAUGGACCCGGCCGUGCUACAGAAAGAGGCCUCAAGGGCCCGAGAAGCCAAGGUAGAACGUCCCCAGACUGACAACAACAUAUUCACCUCAAAGCUGCCCGCCGGGGCCAACCUAGAACAGUCGCCUUCACCUAUUAAAGCCAUGGAGUCGAGGCCUUUACCCGCCUCUGGGCCCGGUUCUUCUCAUCACUAUAGCAGAGGACAGGGGAAAAGCCAGCAGCACCAUCACUCCCUGGACCAGCAGCACGGAGCCUCAGGCCCUGAGCAGCACAGUAGAGAAAAGAGUCAAAGUAAACCCUUUUCAAUGCAGGAACAGGAGCUCCGAGCACUCGGCUUCCAUGGUGGCUACAGCCCGGACCGCAUCGAGGCCGUGAGUCCGGUGAGCUCGCCCAGCCUGGCCCACGAGAAGGGGGCCAAGCUGCUGCAGGACCCGGACAAGGGCCACGCAGAGCAUGACCUGCGACAGAAGCAGCAAGCCUCCCUGAAGGCCUCGGCUCCCGAAGCAGCCCACCUGCAGCACCUCCGCGCGUCGGAGAGCCAGCAGCCCCCGUGCCAGCCGCUGCAGGCCAGCCAGAGCGUCAAAGGCAUGAACCAGCGCGUGGUCACGCUGGCGCAGCACAUCAGUGAGGUCAUCACCCAGGACUACACUCGCCACCACCCUCAGCAGCUGAACUCCCACAUCCAGACGCCCGUGUACUCCUUCCCCGGGGCCGCCUGCCCCGUGCUGGACCUGCGGCGCACGCCCAGCGAGGCCUAUCUGCAGCAGCAGGAGCACGCGGCGGCCUCCAGGAUCUCCCCGCAGAGCGAAGGAGGCAAACGGUCCCCGGAGCAGAGCAAAGCGGCGGCGGAGAGAGGGCCGGACAACUGCAUCGAGCCGGUCUCACCACCGACGGAAUCGGAGCACGCCAAGAGCGCCACGUACCCGAUCCUGUACCGGGAGGGCGAGCAGCUGGACCAGAGGAUGGGGUCCAAGUCCCCAGGAAAUAACAGUCAGCCCCCAGCUUUCUUUAGCAAGCUGACAGAGAGCAACUCUGCCAUGGUGAAGUCCAAGAAGCAGGAGAUCAUCAAGAAGCUCAGCACAACCAACAAGAACGAGACGGAGUACAAUGUUGGGCAGCCCGGGACAGAGAUUUUCAAUAUGCCAGCGAUUACCGGAGCAGGGCUAAUCAGUUGUAGGAGCCAGGCGGUCCAAGAGAAUUCCAGUACCAACAUGGGGUUGGAGGCAAUAAUUAGGAAAGCCCUAAUGGGUAAAUAUGACGAGCAGUGGGAAGAGCGCUCACCUCUCAGUGCCAAUGCUUUUAACCCUCUGAAUGCCAGUGCAAGCCUGCCCGCUGCUAUGCCCAUAACUCCUGCUGAUGGACGAAACGAGGACGUGCGCUCCUUGCCAGGUCUGCAGCCCUCUCCCCCUUCGCUCUCUCUGUGUUAUUAA